AGGCCAUUGAGCACAUGAACUAUACACUUGAACACCUGGCAUCAUUGGUGACUGAUCUGUUUUUUGGUGGGACAGAGACCUUAAGCUCAACGAUGAGAUUUGCUCUCCUGCUCUUGAUGAAACACCCACACAUCACAGCUAAAGUCCAGGAAGAGAUUGACAAUGUGAUUGGGAGACAUCGGAGCCCCUGUAUGCAGGACAGGAACCUCAUGCCUUACACAAAUGCCAUGGUGCAUGAAAUCCAGCGAUACAUUGACCUUGGCCCGAAUGGUGUAGUGCAUGAAGUGAUCUGUGACACUAAGUUCAGAAACUACUUCAUCCCCAAGGGAACAACCGUAAUAACAUCACUGACAUCAGUGCUGCAUGACAGCAAGGAGUUCCCCAACCCAGAGGUGUUUGACCCUGGCCACUUUCUAGAUGCCAAUGGAAACUUUAAGAAAAGUGACCACUUCAUGCCUUUCUCAGCAG